AUGAGGAUAAAGUUUCGAAGGAGGAACAGAAACCUGGAAAAAUUGAAGGGCAAAGAUGGAGAGGAGAAAAAGUAUGAGAAGCCGCCAUUUUCUUAUAAUGCCCUUAUAAUGAUGGCAAUUCGUGGUUCACCCGAGAAGCGACUGACUCUAAGUGGCAUUUAUGACUUCAUCAUGAAGGUUGGUACAGUAAACGAUGUGGUUCCAACUUACGGUUUGCGUGUCGUUUCAUACGAAAUAACAUUAUAUUUCAACAACAAUUUUCUGUCAUUGAUUGACCUAAUUAGUCAAGGGUGUAUGUCGUUUUAUAGCUACCUGCUUGCGUCACCGGGAAAAAAAUUAUGCGUUGGUGUAAACUUAAAUUUUGUUACACUGGAGCUUACAAUCGUUUUAACUUCAACUUCUUAUUGCACAAAUGCUAGUCAUUUUUCAAAGUACAACUGAACCUUUUGUUCAAGUUAACUGAACAAGUUACUCUACUCAUGCUAACACUGCUCUACUGAUUUUUUUUGCAGAAUUUUCCAUAUUAUCGCAACAACAAGCAAGGGUGGCAGAACUCCAUCAGACACAACCUGUCCCUGAACAAGUGCUUUGUCAAGAUUCCUCGACAUUAUGACGAUCCUGGAAAAGGGAACUACUGGAUGCUGGAUCCAAGCGCUGAUGAUGUUGUCAUUGGUGGGACCACUGGCAAACUAAAAAGACGGAACCCUCCUUCUUCUAGAAACCGGGUAGCGCUCAAACGUCAUCAAAGAAUCUCCCCAAUUCCAAGCUAUGCACUUGAUCCUUCUCAGCUUGGCUUCUGCCCAAGUUUGUGGCCGCACCAUCCAUCGAUUUUCUCAUCUCCCUUAUCACCUCAGCUGCGAAGACACAACUUAAUGGCAGGAAUGUCCUGCAAUAUGAACUGCUCGGGGUCAUCUCUUCCUCAUCCCACCCCCGUUCUUCCUCACCCAACAACAAGCGCAAGAUGCAUCGUCCCAUCUUCGCCGGAAAGGACACUCCCAAAUCACUGUCAUGGAUUCGGAUUUCUACAGUCCUCCUACCCACAAAGUACCAUUCUCUCUGGUCUGAGCAAUCCACGUUCUCCGUUGGAAUCUCAGUGGUCGGCGACAAUUCCCACUCCUCCAUUUUUUUCAGAUCGACACCUCGUUAAUAAUGACUCUAUUUUUCAGUCCGCUUUUUCAGCGGUGCCAAGACUACCGCUUAGCUCUUCAACGAUGUCGAACUUUCCUUUCUUUAAAGAGAACGCUUCUCCAAUAACUUCACGCAAUCCUUUCUUAUCUGACUGUAAAUGA